AUGCUCACCUAUAUCGAUCGUUUCACCCGGUGGCCGGUGGUCGGGCGUUGGUAUUCCGCAUCCAGCGAAGCCACGGCGCAAGCCUUCGUAGAGGGUUGGAUAGCUAGCUUCGGUUGUCCAGCAGUAGUUACAGCCGAUCGAAUUUCUCACUUCCAGGGUGCUUUCACACAACUACUUGAGCACCCAGGCGUUUUCCGCGACCAGAUCACCGCUUACUAUCUGGAAACCAACGGGAGAGUCAAGGGUUUUCAUCGGCAACUAAAAAGUGCCCUGGCAGCACAGGCGAACCCAGAAUGGAAGAACUCUCUACCCUUAGUCCCCUUAGGUUGCAGAUUAGCCUUCAAAGUUGAUCUGCAGUCCACACCGGCAGAGUUGAAUUUCGUUCGCCCAUUGCGUCUUCCAGGAGAAAUGGUGGCACUGGCCCCACCAACUGACUUCAACUACGGUGACUACGUAGCUCGUUUAGUACAUCAUAUGCGAUAG